AAGGGAGCUGCUGGGCUGAUGAGGUCCUCAGCUAUGUCAGCUGAUACUCUCAGUGUAACCAGAGGAGACAUCAGACGCAACAGCAGCACACUCUCAUGUUUCUAUCUUUAACACACCAAUCCACACUCACACACACACACAUACACACGCACACAGACUGGCAGAAAGGGCAUGCAUGCAUAAAUACACAUGCAAACGCACUGGACUCGUAUGCAUGUAGACCUACUGUACAGACACAGAGACACACACACACACACUCUUUCUAGCAGAAGCCAGUGGACAUCAUAAAUACAUCAAGUGCCCAUUUGCCCUAAGGAGGCAGAUUGGCUAGUCAGACCACCCUUUCCUAAGAAGACUACAUUUCCUCUGCAGUCUCAGGAUGCAUUCAUGUACAAUGAACUGAACCAAAAGCAGGAGUCUUCCAUUUUCCACACAAGGAGGAAUAUCACAUUUUUUCGAGGGGAGAGAAUUCUUGGAAAACAUCUGUACAUAAGUUUUAUUUAUUUAUUUUAAUGAAAAAGUUUGAUGCUACAAUUUUGUCAACUGACAUGAAUGGGAUACGGUUUUAAGCUCUACUGGUUUUUUUUGUCUCGCCGAAGAAGGCAGGUAUCGGGUGGACGGAGCUGACAGGCUGAUGUAAGAUCUGGAAAGCGAGUAUCAAAGCGGGAAUGUCCAACAUGAAAAACCACACAGAGGCCUGGGAACCACAGCAGAGCAAACCUGCACUCAGGCUGUGGAACACUGCCCUCCUCUGCCUGCUCGGUACAAUGGCCUGUUUGGUGGAAACGGCGUGGGCCUGCCCCGCCCCAUGCGAGUGCAACAGCACCGUAGUGGACUGUAGCGACCGCGAGCUGCUUUCCCUCCCUUCCAACCUUCCCCCCAACACCAAGACCCUCCUCCUGCUCAACAACAAACUGAGCUCCCUGUCUCCCAGGGCCUUCUCUAACCUCACCUCCCUGGAGAGGCUGGACCUGUCCAACAACUUCCUGGACAACCUGCCUGCUUCUCUGUUCAGAGACCAGGGCAACCUGUCAGAGCUGGUCCUACAUAACAACAGCAUCACCGGGUUGGGCAAGGGCCUGCUCCAGAGCUGCCCUGGCCUGCAGCGGCUUGACCUGUCCAUGAACGGCCUCUCCCAGGUGCCCCUGGGGCUCCUCGAUGACCUGCCAGGGGUGGAGUGGCUCUCCCUGGCUGACAACAGGCUGCAGGCCCUGGAGAGGGCCACCUUCGAACCCCUAUCAAGCCUCCAGCACCUCCACCUCAGCGGAAACCCCUGGGAGUGCGAUUGCAACCUGAGGGACUUCAAGCACUGGAUCGAAUGGUUCCUCUACAGAGGCGGGAGAAUCGACGGUGUGGAAUGCACGCUACCCAAAGACCUGCGUGGCCGGGACAUUCGCAACGUGCCCAUGGAGAUGUUCAACUACUGUGUGCAGCUGGAGGACGGCUCGCUGGUGCCCGGGGGGGAAGGCAGGGGGCCACCGUGUAGUCGAGGGGGGGAAAAUCCACCGCAGCCCCCCCCGCAGCCCCCCAUUAGACCCCCUACAGAGGUGGUGGAGCCGGUGGCUACAGGGUGCGUGAGACAGCGGUACCGUCCGGUGAGUGUGCGGCGAGCCAUCGGCACGGUGAUCAUUGCGGGAGUGGUGUGUGGCAUCGUCUGCAUUAUGAUGGUGGUGGCGGCUGCGUACGGCUGCAUCUAUGCCACCCUGAUGGCCAAAUACCAGCGUGAGCUGAAGAAGAGGCAGCCACUGAUGGGGGACGGAGAUGGAGAGGGCGAGCAGGACGAGAAGCAGAUCUCUUCGGUGGCUUAGAGGGAUUGAGCCUUUCAGCUCCCCUGUGCUUCGUUUCUCUGGUUCAUGUUCUUCUCUCUUUUUUUUUUUUUUUGAUUCCUGAGUUUUGUGCUCUGUGCCAGUUCAGGAAUGAAGAAAGGUAACCCGCUGUCCCAAUCUCUUUACAUCUCUCAAAUCUCCUGGAUUCUGUGUGUGGAUUUGUGGGAGGGUGGAACAGGAGAGAAAGAAGGAAAAGACCAAAGCUGUUCCAAAGGAACCCGAGUACAGGAUUGUCAAAGUCUGGAGACUGUUUAAAAACACAAAGUGUAACCUCUCUCUCUGUGUACGUGAGUCAAUCUAAUUUCUGACUAUUAGAAAUACUGCAAAAAAAUGUCCGGGACAGAGACUGAAUGCCCUUCAGUUUCAGUUGUUUCCAAGUUACUCUUAUCCAUCUUCUGUUAAAAUUGCUAGAGGCUUGUUUUUAUGCAGGUCAACUGUACCCCCGUCUCUGUUUUGAAUGGACACCCUAUUCCUUAACAAAUGGGAUUUAAAGCAGGGCACACUAAGUGGCAUAAAGGUGUGAACAUUGGCGGCUGACACAGUCGCUGAUGAAGUACACAAUCCAAUUCCUCUUUCUGUCUUGCACACAUGGAUUUUAGAGUAUAUUUGUCUUACAAUACAAAGUAAAGAGAAUAUCAUGAACUGAAACAAUUUAAGAGAUUUAAAACAUAGCUGGACUGCGCUAGUUACAAAGCAAACCUCUGGGUGACCUUCCAUGCAUCAAAGUUAUCAAUACAGAGAGGGAGCCUGCGAUGGGACACAGACAGAGAUGCUCCCUGUCUGUGCUGUAAGAAAACACUGACAUAACAAAACUGCGGUUCUGCACCUCCCUAAUAUCCAAUAUACAAUAAAUAUACCCUUAUAAAAGCUGACCAUGGUAUUUUUGCACAGUAUUUUUGCAGUUUUCCCAUGCUUUUCCCCUGGUUAUACUUUGCAUUUACCAUAGUCUACCAUGGUUUGUCAUGUUUAAUAUGUGUUUGAUACUGCUCUGGGCUUUACAGUGCUUACCAUAGUUUUAUUAUGCUUUAUCACACUUUGCUACGCUUUUACUAUGGGAAACUUUUAUAAGGGUAACUACUUAUGUAGUUCUAGUAACUGUAGAUGAAUAAAGAAUGAGCUAUUCUUUUCCCUCGAUCAUUCCUGUUCCUUAAUGGUUUCCAGUGCAGGUUCAGGCACUGGAAAUGCAGCUUUUCUCUCUUUAUUUCUGUGUCAAUAUUUUAUAAUACUCACCUCCUUGUGCAAUCUGCUUUACCGGUGUGGGUUUGAAGCAACAUAUUUUCAUUGAAAGGACUGCCACGUCCUGCUGAUGAGUGGAAGUCACAAAGCUAUUCUCUGAGCUGUCUCUUUUCAGGCACAGGUGCAAAUCCUCAGCAAAAACAGGAAGGGGCCGUGUGGGGGCUGAAUAUGGGUGAAUUUCUUUACUCACCAGAGACUCCUAUGCUGGGCCCUAACCUACAGGGCUAAGAUAAUAUGGUGAUUGGUUGCCUGUUGUUUAGUCCUCUGUAAAUCAUUUGCUAUGCUUUGGCUGCAUUCAAACUGGGCAUUCUUAAAAAUGAAACAGUACAGAAAAAAGUGACUGUCAGUAGUGCAACUGUAACUGGUGAUUGGAUUAAUCCACAGGAGCAACAUUAAAGUGCUAAUUUAUUUACUGAAUAUUCUGCAUGUUAACUCGGAGAGCUGGCCCCCAGCCCACAGCCACCCGUGGCCCCUAAUUCCUGGACAACAGUUGCAGUUUAACUGAAUCCAGGCUCGACAGCUGCUUUCACAGUUAAAUAUCCUGGUUACGUCCCCAGUGCAUAAGAGUGAGAGGUAUUAAUGGAUCCUGAGAUCAUCCAAGCAUCAUCCUCUCUGUUGCUAUGAUGGAACCUCCCUUUGGGAAUAUGAGUCUUAAAACCAGGAGAGUGCUGCCUUUUUAUUUAUAUAUAUAUAUAUAUAUAUAUAUAGAUAGGGUGAUUAGAAAGU